GUCAGACCCAUACUGAAUUGUAUAUAUUUUGGUUUGUAAUAAAAAUGUCUUCUAAUUUGCAUUUGUUUUUGUCAAAUUAUUUAAAUUAACUGAUGAAAUCCUUUGCAAGUCUUCAUUGUUAAGAAAUAAGUUAUUUAAAAAUAUUUAUAGGUUAAGAGUAUAAGCUGAUUUAAUGAACUAUUGUGUAAUGUGUAUUUUCCGUUGCUUUACCUGAUUUUUUUAUGCAUGAGUAUGAGAGGUGUCUUGUGUAGAAUUUGUAUUACUUGAUUGCAUGAGAAGGACCCGCCUCCUUUAUGCCCAGCUAGUGUACGUCCAAUGAAGAAGUGCGACUGGAAGAAUCAGCCAAUCAGAAUGUAGCAUUAUGGAGGUUUUUAGCUUUCCCUGAAGUUCUUGACCGAUCCGAUUUUAGAUUGAGACUAUUCAAGAUGGCUGCUACAGGUUCUAUAUAAAGGACUUCUCCGGACUCCACCCUGCAUGCAGCUCUCCUGAAGUUGCAGUGUCUUAUGUUUUGUGUCCUCCCCUCCUCCUACACCCCAGUUCUUACUGCUUCUAUCAUCAUGUCCUCCACCUCCUCCUCGUACUCCUCCUCAGGGGAGACUAGUCCAGAGGAUGUACCUCGAGGUGGGGGCACCAUUCGAGUCUACCUCCCCAACAAACAGAGGACAGUGGUGAAUGUCCGGCAUGGGCAAACCGUGUCCGAUGUUCUAGAUAAAGCACUCAAAGUGAGAGGUCUGAGCCAAGACUGCUGUGCUGUGUUUCGCCUACUAGAAGGUCGUAAGAGACUGACGGACUGGGACACUGACAUCACACCUCUCGUUGGAGAGGAGCUUUUAGUCGAGGUGCUGGAUGACAUUCCUCUCACCAUGCACAACUAUGUACGGAAAACGUUUUUCAAACUGGCGUACUGUGAUUUUUGCCACAAGUUUCUUUUUAAUGGCUUCAGAUGUCAGACGUGUGGCUACAAAUUUCACCAGCACUGCAGCAGCAAAGUUCCUACUGUGUGUGUUGACAUGGAUACUAUGAGCAAACGGUGUGAUUCCAAUUCCUGCACAGAUGAUUACCCUCAGAUAUUAUUGCCAGAAAAUUCUCCGUCACAGAGCAACCUAGCCUUAACCCCAGAGCCUGCUGGAAUGGGCCUUCUGUCCCCACCCUCCACCUUUAACUUCCCCAUGUCAGGAGGAGACGGACAGUCCCUCCAGAGGCAUCGCUCUACCUCCACUCCCAACGUUCACAUGGUCAGCACGGUGGACCUCGCCACCAUUAGCGGCAUGGAGGAGGCAAUGAAAUUCAACACAAUAGGUCCUGAGCCUUCACCAAAACCCUCGACCAGCCCACCCUCCACUCUCGGUUCUCCUGGGAGGAAACCACCCAAGUCCCCCUCAGAGCACAAGGAACGAAAACCUUCCUCAUCUGAUGACAAAAAGAAAGUGCACCGAGGAGGCUACAGAGACUCUAGUUACUACUGGGAGGUAUCUCAUCGAGAAGUCACUGUUCUGAAGAGGAUAGGUACUGGAUCCUUUGGGACAGUCUACAAGGGCAAGUGGCACGGCGAUGUAGCAAUCAAAAUCCUUAAAGUCAAAGAGCCAACACCUGAGCAACUGCAGGCCUUCAAAAAUGAAAUGCAGGUCCUUCGGAAAACCCGCCACGUCAACAUCUUGCUGUUCAUGGGCUUCAUGACUAAGCCCAACUUUGCUAUCAUCACCCAGUGGUGUGAAGGGAGCAGCCUGUACCACCAUCUGCAUGUCACAGAAACCAAGUUUGACACCAUGCGUCGCAUUGAUGUGGCUAGACAGACAGCACAGGGCAUGGAUUACCUUCAUGCAAAGAAUAUAAUUCAUCGAGAUCUGAAAUCAAACAAUAUUUUUCUCCACGAGGGCUGGACUGUAAAGAUCGGUGACUUCGGCUUGGCCACAGUGAAAUCUCGAUGGAGUGGCUCUCAACAAGUAGAGCAGCCCAGUGGCUCCAUCCUCUGGAUGGCUCCGGAGGUGAUCCGAAUGCAGGACAGCAACCCGUAUACGUUCCAGUCCGAUGUGUAUGGUUAUGGAGUGGUUCUUUAUGAGCUGAUGUCUGGAAAUCUGCCUUACUCCAACAUCAACAACCGAGAUCAGAUCAUCUUCAUGGUCGGACGUGGGUUUUUGUCUCCAGACCUCAGUAAACUGUACAGCACCUCACCCAAGUCAAUGAAACGUCUCAUCAUUGACUGUCUGAAGUACAAACGGGACGAGAGGCCGCUGUUUCCACAGAUCCUCGUAGCCAUUGAGCAGGUGCAAGACCUGAUGCCAAAAAUUGAGCGCAGUCGCUCAGAGCCGUCUCUCCACCGGGCCGUCCACGCCGAGGACCUCAACCCUGUUUUAUUCCAAACCACCCGGCUGAUGCCCCUUUAAGCCCCUCAUAGAGCUGGCCCUGAGGCUGUCAACAUGUCCAGAACUGCAGCCAGCUGCCAUGGAAAACCCUGACCCCCUCCCACUGACUAUCAACCCUGCAGAGCCCAGGAGCAGCACACAGUAACAAACUGUAGAAGUAUGGUAACACUCGGUACAGUCUAAUAAUGGACCUCGUUUUUCUUCCAACAAGUGACAAACUGCUGUCUGUCAGAGGAGAGAAGCCCACCUGGAUGAAAUGUGUGAACAGAUCAAACAUCCAUCAGACAGCUUGACUCUCUGAUUCCCAGGGAGGUGGGCUUCUGUGGAGGAAAGGAUGUAGUUUUGCACAUUUUCUUUCUUUUUUUUUCAGUAAAUAUUGUGUUACCUGUUUUCAGCAGUAAAGUCAGACAGCCAAAACAUGAAACCAGUUGUUCAGCUGUAAAAAGCUGUUCAGACCACCAGAUCAGAAGUGUACGCCUGUUAUCAAGUUUAACAACAUAAAAACAGCUUCGACACAUGAA